CACAGGUGCAGCGAAUGAGCAUUAUUUAGGGAAGCGAAAUACUGCCUCAAAGUCCUCCAUUUACAAAAUCAAGCCGGUAUUUGUUGGCAUUGGGGGUCCAAUAUAGCGCAUUGUUCCAGUUGUGAAGGUAAAUAAACUUUGUUUCGUUCUGAAAUCAGAGCCUGUCCCCCUUUUGCCUUGCUGCCUUUUCUCUUCAUCAGUUGACGUUGAAGCAAGUUGGAAGAGACAAGAGAAGUAAAGCAAGUAUGUUACGGAGAGAUCAAGGCAGCGAAUCGUCAUCCUCUACGCCACAGCUACCGCCCAGGCCCAGCGAGAGGAACAAUGAUGUCACGGACGAUGUUGUUACGAACAAUAGGAGGACUGGAAUGAUGGGGGCGAUUCAGAAGGUCAAUCCAUUCAAAUCUACCUUUCAGGCUUCUUCUACCGUCAAAGCCGCCGCCUCACAGGAGCCUCCCCAGCUGGAAGCAGGGGCGGGGGCCACACAGAGCUCUGGCAAACUGAUGGGGGUCAUCCAAAAGGUCAACCCCUUUAAGUCCACACCACAGGUGCGUCUACCUGAACAGGCCUCAGCCAAGGUCACGCGAGUGCCUUCGUCAGGGUCCCUGGACCAGGGAGGCUGUCCAGACUCUCCCCAGAACCCUGGCCGGUUGCAGUCGGCCGUGCAGAAGAUGAACCCAUUCCGCUCUGCCUCUCAGGCGUCUUCUGCGGUCUCCAAAGCGCCGUCCUCUGAGUCCCUGGAGCCAGGAGGGAGCUCAGAACCGUCCCAGAAUCCCGGAGUGUUUGUGGGGAUGAUGCAGAAGGUGAACCCUUUCAAAUCCACGGUGAAGACCCAGUCUUCCAACGACAACCUCUCGUCCAGCACAGGAAGUUUAACCGACAACAACAACGCCACUAAAAAACAGACGUCUGAAGUUUCAACCGACACUGUAGAUCAGCAACUGCCGAAACAGAACCCUGGGACGUUUCAAGGAAUGAUGCAGAAAGUCAACCCCUUCAAGGCCACGGCAGCAGAGGGAGAACCUGCUGCCUUUGUGGGGCGCCAGGGACCGUCGCGCCGCAGCGACUCCUCCUCCAGCUCAGACUCCGGCAGCCUGGACGACGGCUCCAUCCAGAGACACUCGGUCUGGUAUGCGGAGGAGAGCGAGAGUGUCGCCGUCAGGAGUGCACCAAAGGACGGGCCACCCAGGAAGACGAUGACUUUCAGGAUAAAAAGAAUACUUCCGGCUGCCUUGUUCAGUUCAGGGACAAAGACCUCAACCGCCGGAUUAGAUGACGGACCACUCUUGGCUCAGGCGGAGGAGGUGACGGAGGUGGUGGAGGUGCAGACCCUGCAGUUGGCCGAAGCCCCAGAGCCCGGCGACGACGAGUCCUUGAGUCCCCUCGACGAUGAGGAGGGCCUGAUGUCUUGGUGGAGAACCGUCGAGGGAUGGGAUGAGUGGAACCAGUCCACCGAGGACGCGCCGGCGGAGGAGGAGAUGGUGGAGGAGGCGGCCGACCGGGUGUUCAUGGCGGCGCGGCUCUUCGUGCGGCUCUUCAACCGCCGCGGCGGCACGCUGCAGACGCACAUCCUAGAGCUGCUGGCGCUCGCCGACGACGCCGACAGCUUCCACAAGCGCACGGUGAAGGCCAGCGUGGGCGGGGGCGUGGCCAGCGUGGCGGGCUCCGUCACCACCAUCACGGGCCUCAUCCUGGCGCCGUUCACCAUGGGCACGUCGCUGAUCGUCACGGCGGUGGGCAUCGGCGUGGCCACGGCGGGCGGCCUGGUGUCGGCGUCGGCCAACAUCACGGACACGGUGCACUCCAAGACGGACCGCAAGAAGGUGGAGAAGAUGAUCCAGGACUACCAGGACAGCAUGCGGGACAUCAGCGACUGCCUGCAGUUUGUGCAGGACGGCAUGGAGGCCCUGGAGGCGUGGGACUUUGAGACGUACGCCGAGGUGAUCACCCGGAGCCACCUGAACCAGAACGUGAAGCACGUGGUGAAGGAGGGCGGGCGGGCGGGCAAGGCGCUGCUCAUCAACACGGAGAGCCUGGUGAGCACCAUCCAGGUGCUCAGCGUGUCCGGCGUGGCGGCCAAGGCGGCGCAGGUGAUGAGCGUGACCACGGGCGUCAUGUCGGGCCUCUUCCUGGCGCUGGACGUCUUCUUCCUAGCCAAGGACUCGAUGGAGCUCAAGAAGGGCGCCAAGACGGAGUUUGCCGUCAAGAUCCGCGAGGUGUGCCAGGAGCUGCAGGGGGGCCUGCUGGAGCUGAACCGCAUCAAGGAGCAGCUGCAGAAGACCAUGGACGGCAUCGAGGUGGAGGCGGAGGGGGAGGGCGGCGAUGAUGAGGGGGAGGAGGAGGAGCUGAGGUCCAGCGUGAAGAAGCUGAUCGAGCUCGAGGAGUAGGAGAGGUGACGUUUGGGUUGUGGGGGAGGGUAGGCGGUUGGCUUGGUUGAAGGAGGCCGAAGGUACAGGACGGCGCAAGAAUGUCCAAAACUGACUAUUCGCUGGAAUUCCGGCUAUGCGUUCCGGCUCGAACCACUGUUCCAUGACGCCGAAGGAGACUUUAUCAAUGGAAGGGUUUUACUAGUUAUAUUGCAUUAUUCCUCGGUUGUAAAUCUGACUGUUACAGGGUAUUGAUCGUUAGCUGCCUACUGUACACUGUGAAGAUUGUCUUUUGGAACAGAUGUUGUAGCAUAUAUUUUUAGCAAUAUAUUUUAACUGUAUUUUAGCUGCUAUCAUAGAAGUAUGUUUCAUUUGACAUUUUAUGCACAUUUUUUCUGAAUUGCAAUUAAAUAAAUGUGUUGAAGUUA